AUGUGCCUCCGCUACUCUGCGCGCAGGCUGCGACCCAGCACACUCUCCGCCACGAGCGUCCCGCGCAGUGCGCCACGGGCCCCCUCACGGCAGUGCCGAGGCGUUGCUUCGACCGCGAAUGCUGAGAAGUGUGUGCCCAUGCAGCACGCGUGAUGCCGUGGGAGACACGGCUGACAGCAAGCAGGGUUCUCUUUCCCGGAGCACUGAACAGCGAGUUCACAAACACGCUCGACUUCCUGCGGCCGUCCAAGUCAAAGGACGCCAUAUCCACAUAUCGCUGCUUGGACCAGUAUGGCGAGAUCAUCGACCAGAGCGUGGGGGCAGACACGACGGACGAGGAAGCGCUGCAGCUGUACAAGAACAUGGUCAAGUUGUCCAUCAUGGACCUCCUCAUGUUCGAGGCCCAACGACAAGGCCGGCUUUCAUUCUACAUGGUCUCUGCCGGCGAGGAAGGCAUAUCGAUUGGCGCUGCCAGCGCGCUGCAUCCCUCGGACGUCAUCUUCACACAGUACCGCGAGAGCGGCGUGUACCUGCAGCGCGGCUUCACCCUCGCCCAGUUCAUGAACCAGCUCUUCGCCAACAGCUCCGACCACGGUCUCGGCCGGAACAUGCCCGUUCACUACGGCUCCAAGGAACUCAACAUCCACACCAUCUCCUCCACACUGGCAACCCAGAUCCCCCACGCGGCCGGCGCAGCCUAUGCGCUGAAGCUGCAGAACCAGGGCACCGUCGGCCGUAUCGGCGACGCAGGCGCUGGAGCAGCAGGCGGGAAAGCCGUGGAGCGAGUGGCCGUGUGCUUCUUCGGAGAGGGCGCUGCCAGCGAAGGCGACUUCCACAGUGCGCUCAACAUCGCCGCCACGCGCCAGGUCCCUUGCGUCUUCAUCUGCCGCAACAACGGGUACGCGAUCAGCACACCGACUUCGGACCAGUACCGUGGCGACGGCAUCGCCUCCCGCGGCGCAGGCUACGGCAUCGACACCCUGCGCGUCGACGGCAACGACAUCUUCGCCGUCCGGCGGGCGGUGAAAGAAGCGCGGCGCCUGGCGCUCGAAGACGGCGGCCGGCCCGUGCUCGUCGAGUGCAUGGCCUACCGUGUGGGCCACCACAGCACCUCGGACGACUCGUUCGCGUACCGGCAGCGCGUCGAAGUCGAGGACUGGAAGCGCCGCGACAACCCCAUCACGCGGCUGCGCAAGUGGAUCGAGGGCCGGGGCCUGUGGUCCGACGCGGCCGAGAAGGAGCUGCGCAGCGCCACGCGCAAGGAGGUGCUGCGCGCCUUCGAGGACGCCGAGAAGCAGAAGAAGCCGAAUAUCAAAUACGCAUUCACCGAUGUCUGGGAACACGUUACCGAGGAGCAGAAGGCGCACGUCGCUGAGAUGAACGACAUACUGCAGCGCUACCCCAAGGAAUACGAUCUCGAGGGCUACGAGGGCGGCGCGCAGGGCCUGGAGGAGCUGUUGGAGAAGCAGUAG